CAUCUCUAUACUUAACCUCUACGAGGAUGGCCUAUUUAAAAAAAUGUUGGAAGACAAUCCUAUUUACAGGUUAACAUCGACUGAAGUAGUCCACCAACUAAAAUUUAUCGAACAGAAGCUUACGGAAAAAGAGGAAGAAUUGCGCCAACUAUGUUCUAGGGACUGUCAACUCGACCUAACUGGAGAAAUCAAAGCCUUAAUAGACUUUCGAAUCAACGUGAACGCAAAAGACGAACGUGAACGCAAUGCGCUUCAUCUUUUGUGUGAAAAUAAUUCAAGCGCAAAUUUAACAAACGCAAUUGAAAUCUUGAUCCAAUCCGGAAUCGAUGUGAACGCAAAGGACAACGAUGGAUUGAGUGCGCUCCAUGUUUUGUGUCGAUACAAUUCAAGCGCAAAUUUAGCUGACGCAAUUAGAAUUUUGAUCCAAUCCGGAAUCGAUGUGAACGCAAAGAGAAAGGAUGGAUGGAGUGCGCUACAUCUUCUGUGUGAAAACAAUUCAAGCGCAAAUUUAAUCAACGGAAUUGGAAUCUUGAUCCAAUCCGGAAUCGAUGUGAACGCAAAGGACAACGAUGGAUGGAAUGCGCUCUAUGUUUUGUGUAAAAACAAUUCAAGCACAAAUUUAACUGUCGCCAUUAGAAUUUUGAUCCAAUCUGGAAUCGACGUGGACGCAAAAAGCAAUGAUGGAUGGAGCGCGCUCCAUGUUUUGUGUGAAAAAAAUUCUAGCACAAAUGUAACCAACGCAAUUGGAAUAUUGAUCCAUUCCGGAAUCGACGUGAACGCAAAAAGCAAGGAUGGAUCGAGUGCGCUGCAUCUUCUGUGUGAAAACAAUUCAAUCGCAAAUUUAAGUGACGCAAUUGGAAUUUUGAUCAAAUCCGGAAUCGAUGUGAAUGCAAAGAAAAAGUAUAGAUGGAAUGCGCUCCAUGUUUUGUGUCGAUACAAUUCAUUCGCAAAUUUAACUGACGCAAUUAGAAUCUUGAUCCAAUCCAGAAUCGAUGUGAACGCAACGAAGAACAAUAGUGAGAAUGCGCUCCAUGUUUUGUGUCGAUACAAUUCAAGCGCAAAUUUAACUGACGCAAUUAGAAUCUUGAUCCAAUCUGGAAUCGAUGUGAACGCAAAGGAAAAGUAUAGAUGGAAUGCGCUCCAUGUUUUGUGUCGAUACAAUUCAAGCGCAAAUUUAACUGACGCAUUUAGUAUCUUGAUCCAAUCCGGAAUCGAUGUGAACGCAAAGAGCUACUAUGAAGAGAAUGUGCUCCAUGUUUUGUGCCAAAACGAUUCAAGCACAAAUUUAACUGACGCAAUUAGAAUCUUGAUCGAAUCUGGAAUCGAUGUGAACGCAAAGGACAAAGAUGGAAGGAAUGCGCUCCAUUUUUUGUGUCAAAAAAAUUUAAGCGCAAAUUUAACUGACGUAAUUAGAAUCUUGAUCGAAUCUGGAAUCGAUGUGAACGCAAAGGACAAAGAUGGAAGGAAUGCGCUCCAUUUUUUGUGUCAAAAAAAUUUAAGCGCAAAUUUAACUGACGUAAUUAGAAUCUUGAUCGAAUCUGGAAUCGAUGUGAACGCAAAGGACAAAGAUGGAAGGAAUGCGCUCCAUUUUUUGUGUCAAAAAAAUUUAAGCGCAAAUUUAACUGACGCAAUUAGAAUCUUGAUCGAAUCUGGAAUCGAUGUGAACGCAAAGGACAAAGAUGGAAGGAAUGCGCUCCAUUUUUUGUGUCAAAAAAAUUCAAGCGCAAAUUUAACUGACGCAAUUAGAAUCUUGACCCAAUCCGGAAUCGAUGUGAACGCAAAGAGCAAGUAUGGAGAGAAUGCGCUCCAUGCUUUGUGUCAAAAAAAUUCAAUCGCAAAUUUAACUGACGCAAUUAGAAUCUUGACCCAAUCCGGAAUCGAUGUGAACGCAAAGAGCAAGUAUGGAGAGAAUGCGCUCCAUGCUUUGUGUCAAAAAAAUUCAAUCGCAAAUUUAACUGACGCAAUUAGAAUCUUGACCCAAUCCGGAAUCGAUGUGAACGCAAAGGACGGAUAUGGGAGGAAUGCGCUCUGUAUUUUGUGUGCAAGCAAUUCAAGCGCAAAUUUAACUGGCGCAAUUGGAAUCUUGCUCCAAUCCGGAAUCGAUGUGAACGCAAAGAGCAAGUAUGGAGAGAAUGCGCUCCAUGUUUUGUGUCAAAAAAAUUCAAGCGCAAAUUUAACUGACGCAAUUCAACUCUUGAUCCAAUCCGGAAUCGAUGUGAACGCAACGAAGAACAAUAGUAAGAAUGCGCUCCAUCUUCUGUGUGGAUACAAUUCAAGCAAACAUUUAACUGACGCAAUUCAAAUGUUGAUCCAAUCCGGAAUCGAUGUGAACGCAAAGGACGGAGAUGGAUGGAAUGCGCUCCAUUUUUUGUGUAAAGACAAUCCAAGCGAAAAUUUAACCAACGCAAUUGAAAUCUUGAUUAAAUCCGGAAUCGACGUGAACGCACAGGGCAUGGACGGAAAGACUGUGCUUGAAGAUUUGUUGCGGCAUACUUUUAGAAUAGCAUCUACGACACGCUUACGCGCAAUUAAAAUCCUAGAGGAUGCAACUGGCAAACCUACUAAACGGAAAAAUGAAUCACCACCUUCUCAGGGAAAGAGAAUGAAAGGAGUGGAAAACUAAUUCUAAAGUCUUUUCGAAUAAAGCAUAUAAUCGAGACACUUCUUGUUGCCGUUUGAAUUGGUUAUUUAAUCGUUGGAACAGAAUUUGGCGACUUCUUUUUGCCAUCUGUUUUAUACAAUUGGUAUCCCUUAAUGUUUUCGUUACCUGUAAACUCUGUGUUAAAUUUACCCUUGUUGGCUAUAUCAAAUAUUUGUUGAAUGGCAUCUUUUGCAAUUACAUUUCCCGGGA